UCCCCCGGUGGCGGUGCCUCUCCCCGCGGCCCCUCCCGAGCAUCGCCCAUCGCGGAGGCGCGGGGCCGGUACUCACUGUCCGCACCGAGCGCGGCUCGCAGCGCCCCGCGCGUCCCGCAGCUCGGGCAAAGUAACCCCGUCUGCGCUAAACUCCACCAGAGCCGCUCCCGGAGCCCCGCUCUGCCUCUCGCCCCGGCUUUCCGGGACGAUAUUCCCCAGGAAGGCAGGAAAAGCUGCCCAGAAGAAGCGGCGCCCGACCGAAGAUGAUAGAGGAGGCGAAGGGGGGUGGCUUUUUGCCCGCUGCGUGCCUCCAUGCCUGUCAUUCCCUUGUCUUAAUCCUUUAGAAAGGAGUCGCCAGGCAGACAGAGCGUUCCUGGAGGGGCGAUGCUGCCGAGCCCUGCCCCGGGCAGAAGGAAGCCGGGAGAUGAGCGGCCCGGGGCGGGCACCGGGAGAGUGUGAGGAGCUGCCUCCGCCUGCGCCUUUCCGAGAGGGAAAAAGCAUGGUAAGAGCUGGACUCGAUCCCUGGAGCGCAGCCCCGCUGAGCAGGAGGUGGGAUUAUUCCGGAGUAGUUAUGGAGAGCUAUAACCUGGCAGCGGAGUGUUAAAGCGACUUGUUCUUGCUGGAAGAGGAACCCACUGCGGGCAUCGCCGGCGUGGUGGCCGAGGGAAGGUCACUCGGAUCCUUCUCUUCCUCUCGCAUCUUUCUUCAUCCGUCAAACGACCGAAGAAAAACUGGUAAAUCGGCUCUUGCCAGUGUUGGGAAUACCGUGCCUUUUGCCUGGGAUGAUUUGCCCUGAUGUGCCGCCUCAACGGGAUGUACAAAGUGCGACUGGGACUGAUUCGGCCACCAAAGUUUGCAGAGUGAUCAGCAGGGGCCGUGGGAUGGAGGGAGCUGGGCACACACCAGCAGGGUCCGUCACGCACGGUCCGACGGCACAGACCUGCUGCUCCCUUGAAAACUAACUCCUGCUGGUCUAAAUCCUACUUCUCCCCCCGCCGAUUUACACUUUCAGGGAAAAAACCCCACAUGCACGAUGCAAUGCAGUGUUCCUGUGUUGGUUUUGUAGAUAAGAUUUGCUAUGCAAUUCCAAAACUAAAGCAGGAGGAGAGACGGCCCUGCGUCCCAGAGCAAACAGGGAAUCAGAGCUGAAAGAAAUAUAAAACAGUUUGAAGAAAGUGAAGAUUUGCUUUCUGAUACUACCAAGAAACAAGAGGACCGGUGCAUUUUGUAACAGGAAUGCACGGAGGAGGAAGGAUGGAGUGUUUCAUCAGUGAGACAUUUAGGGAACUAGAGAAAAGGCAUCUUUUCUAAAAUGCUUCAGUAAAUAUGAAGGGCUGCUGCAGUGGACCCUGGAAACACUCGAUCAAUAGUCUAUUUAAGUGUGAAUAGAUGCAAGCAUGGAAAAGUGAGUGCUUUGCUGUGUGUGGGGUGUGUUUGCAGAGGACGGCAGCAGAACAUUUACAGGAGAAACCAUGACUUGGAACGACACCACUAUGGACGGGGAAGGGCUGCUGGUGGAAAGGGACUCCUCUUCCUUUCGGAUCCUCACGGGCUGCUUCCUCUCGCUCCUGAUCCUCUCCACGCUGCUGGGAAACACGCUGGUCUGUGCAGCUGUCAUUAGGUUUCGCCACCUCAGGUCCAAGGUGACCAACUUCUUUGUCAUCUCCUUGGCUGUGUCAGAUCUCUUAGUGGCAGUUUUGGUCAUGCCUUGGAAAGCUGUGGCUGAGAUCGCUGGUUUCUGGCCUUUUGGUUCAUUUUGCAACAUCUGGGUGGCCUUUGAUAUUAUGUGCUCAACAGCCUCCAUCUUAAACCUCUGUGUCAUUAGUGUGGACAGAUACUGGGCCAUCUCCAGCCCAUUUAGGUACGAGAGGAAAAUGACCCCCAAGGCAGCCUUCAUCAUGAUCAGCGUGGCGUGGACUUUGUCCGUGUUGAUCUCCUUCAUCCCAGUGCAGCUGAAUUGGCACAAGGCUGCAACCACGAGCUUUUUGGACUUCAAUGCCAGUUUAGAAGGUGUAACCAUGGACAACUGUGAUUCUAGCCUAAACAGGAUGUAUGCCAUCUCCUCUUCUCUAAUUAGCUUCUACAUCCCUGUGGCCAUCAUGAUAGUAACCUACACCAGGAUAUACCGGAUUGCUCAGAAGCAAAUCCGGCGCAUCUCGGCUCUGGAGAGAGCAGCAGUGCAUGCCAAGAACUGCCAGAACCCAGGUGGCAACAGGAGCAGCAUGGACUGCCAGCAGCCAGAGAGCAACUUCAAAAUGUCCUUCAAGAGGGAAACAAAAGUGUUGAAGACUCUCUCGGUGAUCAUGGGGGUGUUUGUGUGCUGCUGGUUGCCAUUUUUUGUGUUGAACUGCAUGAUUCCCUUCUGCGAGCCCACCCAGCCAUCCAAGGGAGCAGAGGCUUUCUGCAUUAACUCCACCACCUUUGAUGUUUUUGUAUGGUUUGGAUGGGCGAAUUCUUCCCUCAACCCCAUCAUUUAUGCCUUCAAUGCUGAUUUCCGCAAGGCAUUCUCCACCCUGCUGGGCUGCUACAGGCUCUGCCCCAUGUCUGGCAAUGCCAUCGAGACUGUCAGCAUUAACAACAAUGGGGCAGUGGUUUUUUCCAGCCAACACGAGCCUAAAGGGUCCAGCCCCAAAGAGUCUAAUCUGGUUUAUCUGAUUCCACACUCAAUUAUCUGCCCGGAAGAAGAACCUCUUAAAAAGGAAGACGAGAGUGAACUGUCAAAGACCUUGGAGAAAAUGUCUCCAGCACUGUCGGGUAUCUUGGAUUAUGAAGCUGAUGUUUCUUUGGAAAAGAUCAAUCCCAUUACACAGAAUGGGCAGCAUAAAACCUGAACAGUAAGGUUUACUCAGCAAGACCUAAUGGUGUAUAUUGUAAUAAUCUUUUGGGGAAAAAAAAAAAAAGAUAUACAAGAUUUUUUUGGUAAGAACCUAAGCUCUAAGGGAGAAAAAUGCACAUUUACACCAAGCCCAGAAUUAAUUUUCCUGGCAUUCAGAGCAAAUUUAACAUUUCAAACAAUAAACAGAAAAAGAUACUGGAAAUUGGUUAUAAAAAAGGAUGAACUGUACUGUUCAUACUGAGGAAAAUCUACAAAUUUAGAUACAGUGCAGUUACAAAGAAAAUGUUGCUUCUUCUCUGUACAGAGAAACCAAUUUCUAGCUAAAAGUGAGGUAAAAGAUAAAUGUUGAGUAUUUAAAGAUUAAUGUUUACUAGAAGUUAAAAGAUUGCUGUGUCUUGUGAUAGUGGGUGUUAACAGGUCCUAAUUAAAGACUGAGGGAUUGUAAAGGUAGGUAGAUGCCUUCUUAAAAUUAUUUCUGACAAAUAAUUGAGCCUUAUAACGAGAAUGGUUAUUUUUAAAGCUUUGGGAGGUAAUAUGUUGAUACUGGUUUUAUUUAUUUAUUGUUUUAAAUUGAUAUUUUUCAUAUGUUAUAAGAGAUCUAGCUUUAUUUAUGUUAUUUAAGAUGUUUAAAUAAUGGGAUAUUUUUGAAGUGUCAUAACUGCAUUUUGACCAGUCAACCAGUCAGCACUUUAUUACAAGCUCUGAUAGUCUGGAGGGGUGGUGAGGGGAAUGGAGGAAUGUUAAAAAGCUCAGCAAGAAAUGAAGGAAUCAACAGAACUGAUGCUGUGUAGAGUUCAUUUGCUUGUGGGCUUUUUUUUAUUUUUAAGUGGGAUUUCUUUCAAAAGAUAGGACCAGAGUUGACUGAGUUGUGAAUUCUCUUCCCUUAUAGAAAUAAAAGAAAUUGCUGCUAUUUAUUUUUAAAAAGUUUCAUGUUACAGAGACUUUGCUAGAAUGUCAAGUUUGUGGAUCUGUAAAUACCUUAAAUAUGACUACAACCUUAAGAAGAGUCCGAUUUGGGAAGGAAAGCUUCUUAGAUAACAAUUCUUAGUAUAUAGUGUUUUGUAUUUAUGUAAGAUAAACAGCUUUCUCAGACUUUUCUUAUUUCAAGUCUUGGAUAUCUUUUCUGAACAAACACACUGGGUUAUAAUGGUAGGAAGGUCCUUGUUAUCCUGCAGGACCACCUGGACCCUGCUGUCUGUCUGCUCCUCUGUCACAGUCAGAAUUAAAACCUGAGGUCCCUGGUGCUUUACUCUGGGAGCUGGGAGGACAUUGCAGUUUAGUGAUUGCCAUGUCAAUACUCCAAUCAAUAAGGAAUAGUGGCCUCAUUACCAUUUUGGAUCAAAACAUUUCUAAAUACGGGUGGAACUGCACCCUCCGUCUCAAAAUCCUCCUGUGAGCUCCAAAAAAAGUUGCCAAUGUUUAAUUAAAAAAUCCUGCUACUUUUCCACUGUCCUUCCCUGCUGCUUCCCCUCUGCCAUGCCAAAAGCAAUCAGUGAGCAUUAGCAACAGGAACGUUGGGUGUUAAUAUUCAGCAGCAUUCAAAGAAAUCAAUUUCUUUUCUGAAUGGGAGAAAAUACCCUUUGGAGCAACUUUUUUCAGAACAUAUAUAUAAAAAAAAAAAGUGUUGUCAGGAAAAGAGAACUGAGAGAAAAAAAAAAUUAAAGUCUAACAAACUAUAUACAUCCUGCAUCAGGUCUGUGUAUUUAUGUAUUGUGAAUGUUUUCAUAAUUUUAUUGCCUGUAUGCUGCUUUCAUACAUAUAAUAAAAUUAUUUUGUGAACAGAA